AUGUUGAAGGGGAAGACUUCGAAGAAGAAGUCGCUGGUGAUGGGCAGAAUCUCCUGCUCCUCCUCGUCCUCCUUCAUGAUGUAACGGUAGGCAGAGUUGUCAAAGUUCAGCCUGCAGAAAACAGAAAACGCAGGCAACACAGAGAGGCCAUUUUGAAAACCUCACAUUAGCUAACUUACACCACUUACUGAUGCACUGUAUACAUGACUUCUACAUGGUGGAUAAGGUUACCCCACCCCCUUCCCAAACAAUGUAAACAAUGAGACUUUAUGAAAAGCUGUACAUAGAUACACUCCAUGAUUAUCCAUUUUAUCAUGACUUCAGUGCUAUUAAGCAAACGUUUCAGAGUCUAAUGCACAUGAUACAAAUGGAGGUUGAUUUGUUUAGAGAGUGCUGAGUCCCAAAUGCAUUCUAUUUUACUGCACUACUUUUGACCAGAGCACUAUGGGCCCUGGUCAAAAGUAAUGCACAAUGAGAAUAGGGUGCCAUUUGGGACGCAGGGAGUGUUCGUGUAGUCUGACUCUGACCUCAUGGUGACGUGUGAGUAAUCUCCCACCAGUUGUUCAGACAGCACCUCCACGUGGAUGUCUGUGUCGUAGAACUGUUUCCCCAUCUGUCUCAACUGGCCCAUGGCAUAGUGCAGGUAGCCCUUACGCUUACUCCUACAGGACACAGAGGGGAGGGAGGAGAGUGUCUUUGGUGAAUGGGUGGUGGAGUUAUUCCCAUCUCGCUCUCUAUCGCUAGCCUCUGCUGCUUCGCGAGGGCGUCAGCGCUGCGCGCGUAGCUCUCGCGAGAUCGCUGCGCUCUUCUCUCCUCUCUCUCUCUGACGCUCUCUCUCUCUCUCUCUACUAUAGAUAUUAUAUAUAUAAAUAUUAUAUAUAUUUAUUUAUAUAUAUAUAUAUAUUUAUCUCUCUCUCUCAUCCUCUCCUCUCAGACCUGUAGUGGAGGGUGACUCCGGUAGCUGAUUCCUCCUGACAGAAGAAGGUAGGGGGCUGGACCUUGGGGUAGCUGAAGCGCAGGUACUCAUGGAGGUUAUCCAGCCCAUUCACAAAGUCACGCACAUGACGACCCAACACCUGGGACACGCAGACACAGAAACAAGAGCUCAACACAGACACAACACAGAUAAAUAAUGCUGAAAAGCAAUAAUCAAACCAUCAAUCAAAAACACAAUAACAUGUUUAUGACAAUUCCAGUGUAAGCGCAAGUCCCACCUUGAGGAUCCUGUCGUAACCGUACUUCCCUACGAAGCCCAGGAAAUAGACCCCCCAGGAGUUCAUGAGCUCGUUGUAGGGGGUUCCUGUCACUCCGCUUGCUGCCUUAGCAAUACGCGGGAUGACACUCUCACUGUACACCUGCAAACACACACAGGUAUUCACAGACAGAACUACUGACACUUUCACUGUACACCUUCAGAGAGACACAUAUACUGACAGAGAUCAUCCACAGCAACAAACAGAGCUACAGACACUUUCACUGUAGACCUGCAGAGAGACAUCUCUACUGAUGGCAAUCUAUAGAGCUCAAGGUAGAAACAGAACUACAUACACACAUUUCUAAAUACUGUAUCAAUUGGCAUAUCAGGACCCCUUGGAACAUAAAUACACAACGGUUUUAUUUUGUGAACAACAUGUCCAAAUCUACCUGGUGGGUGACAAAGGAGUGUAGCCUGACAUCUGCCCUCUCUCUGACCAGUUUCCACACAUCAUCUCCAUACGACUCCUUGAUGAAGUCAUGCAGAGACUCACACAGCAGUCCGUACAUCAUUCACCCUGCUUCAGUCUGUACUGGGACCAAGACCUAGGAACAGAACAGGCUCAGCCCACAGAAACACAGUAGGGAAAAAGAGAUUCAGUGGUCCAAGCACCUGCAACACAAGAGCCAAUGAGAUGGAGGUUAGCCAAAGCCGAGCUCAAAGCCUGUGUUCCUCAUACGGUUCGGUCCAUUUGACUGAUGACUUGUUCAAACUAAAAUCCUUAGUUGAAUCCUUGUUACCAAGGUGUAAAAGCCACAGUGUGUGUGUGGCGCUGCUCUGUAUGGCUUUCUACUGCAUUUGCCAGAAAGCCACGGCACUGUCUAAUUCUCUUUCGAAUGAUCCUAUAAGACUACCUGUGUUAAGGGCAGCUAGAUUCCUUCCUUCCCUCCUUCUAGCCACUGUCUUAUCUGCAGAUCCUCUAGACAAUCAGUUUUAAAGGAACCUUCAUUACACAAACCCUUAGCUUCAAUGGGCUCGUAUUGUCCUGUUGUCAGCUGUCACUACCUGGUGGUCCUGCAGCCUGCACCACAUGACAGCAACACACUGUAUAUGGGGCCAGAGGGCCAGCUCUCACUAGCAGAUGACACCAGUCAAGUGGGUCUCCCCCUCCCCCUCUAUGUUCCGUGCUAAAGAGUUUGGAUACCAAAUGGUGUCUCACUGUCCUAUUUUUCAGGGAAGAUGAUAGUUAUCUGAUGAAAAACAUCAAAAUGUGUCACUUUAUACAUUCAGUGGUGCUAAAUUAGCAGGUACAGGGUAACUACACUGCGCAAAAAAAUAAGCGCAACGUGCAACAAUUUUAAGGAUUUUACUAAGUUACAUUUAUAUAAGGAAAUCACUCAAUUUCAAUAAAUUCAUUAGGCCCUAAUAUAUGGAUUUCACAUGACUGGUAAUACAGAAAAGCAUCUGUUGGUCACAGAUACCUUUUAAAAAAGGUAAGGGCGUGAACACAUUUCCUUUGUAUAGAGUGAAUCAGGCUGUUGAUUGUGGCCUGUAGAAUGUUGCCCCACUCCUCUUCAAUGGCUGUGCGAAGUUGUCGAACAUGGUGUCGUACACGUCGAACACAGAGCAACCCAAACAUGCUCAAUGGGUGACAUGUCUGGUGUGUAUGCAGGCCAUGGAAGAACUGGGACAUUUACAACUUCCAGGAAUUGUGCACAAAUCCUGGGGCCGUGCAUUAUCAUGAUAAAACAUGAGGUGAUGGUAGUGGAUGAAUGGUCGACAAUGGGCCUCAGGAUCUCAUCACGGUAUCUCUGUGCAUUCAAAUUGCCAUCGAUAAAAUGCAAAUGUGUUCGUUGUCCGUAGCUUAUGCCUGCCCCUUCCAUAACCCCACAGCCACCAUGGGGCACUCUGUUCACAACAUUGACAUCAGCAAACCACCUGCCCACACGUUGACAUCUGCCCGGUACAGUUGAAACUGGGAUUCAUCCGUGAAGAGCACACUUCUCCAGCGUGCCAGUGGCCAUUGAACGUGAGCAUUUGCCCACUGAAGUCGAUUACGAUGCCGAACUGCAGUCAGGUCAAGACCCUGGUGAGGACAACGAGGACUUUGGUGAGCUUCCCUGAGAUGGUUUCUGACAGUUUGUGCAGAAAUUCUUCGGUUGAAACCCACAGUUUCAUCAGUUGUCCGGGUGGCUGGUCUCAGAUGAUCCCGCAGGUGAAGAAGCAGGAUGUGGAGGUCCAGGGCUGGCGUCGUUACACGUGGUCUGCGGUUGUGAGGCCGGUUGGACAUACUGGCAAAUUCUUUAAAAUGACGUUGGAGGCGGCUUAUGGUGGAGAAAUGAACAUUAAAUUAUCUGGCAACAGCUCUGGUGGACAUUCCUGCAGUCAGCAUGCAAUUUGCACGCUCCCUCAAAACUUGGGACAUUUGUGGCAUUGUGUUGUGUGACAAAACUGCACAUUUUAGAGUGGCCUUUUAUUGUCCCCAGCACAAGGUGCACCUGUGUGUAAUGAUCAUGCUGUUUAAUCAGCUUCUUGAUAUGCCACAUCUGUCAUAUGGAUGGAUUAUCUUGGCAAAGGAUAAAUGCUAACUAACAGGGAUCUAAACAAAUUUGUGCACAAAAUUUGAGAGAAAUAAGCUUUUGUGUGAAUGGAAAGUUUCUGGGAUCUUUUAUUUCAGCUCAUGAAACAUGGGACCAACACUUUACAUGUUGUGUUCAUAUUUUUGUUCAGAAUACAUUGUUUAACAUUGUUACAUAAACUCUAGAUUUUGUAUGAUUUAUUAGGACAGACUGUCUGGCCUCUAUGAGUCAGGAUGACUGGGCUGUUUUCUGACAGGACAGAGAAGGGACUAUAGAGCCUUUUGAAUGAUGAGAAAAUCGAUACGCAAUCUCAGCUGUGAUGAGAAAACAUCCUUAUCAGAUAAAAACUCUGAUAUUGAUCAGUCUCUAAACAGCCUUUGGAUUACAUAGUUUAUGGCUUUAAAAAAGAAAAUGGGAUAAAAUAAUGAGUCAAACGUUUUGAUUUUGUUUUAUAAAACAAUAAGCAAGCAUUUCACGGUUACCUCAAUGGUGGUGAUCAGCUAGACAAGAAAAAUGAAAUUGAUUCCUGAGCAAUUAUUGCUCACUACAGUGAAUGGAACAACACUACAAAGUAAAUCAGUAUGAAAGCACAAGCUCUACAAUGCCUCAAUGGUCUUCUGUAAAUGUAAAGUGGGGCCCCGGAAAGCAAGAGCAACACAGAGAAUGUGUCCGGGCAUAUCUCACAGAUGUAAAAAUAAAACUCUGCCAGGCGCUGACCCCUAACCCUUGAACCCGCCUACGCCCUCUCCACCCCAAUGACCUCAACUCUUUGACUAGCACUUCACGCAUUCUGUGAAACACAGGUGGGCAUCCUGAUGAUGUCAUCCUGUGUGUGUGUGUGUGUGUGUGUGUGUGUCUGUGUGUGUGUGUGUGUGUGUGUGUGUGUGUGUCUAUCCGUUCAUCAUGCCAAGGAGCAGCUAAAUGCUUGGCCUCUGCGUCUGAGGGCUCAGUGUCACUGUCUGGACGGAGUCAGCAGCUGUUCUGUCAGAACACACACACACAGAGGGGAUCAGAUUUUUAUUAUCAGGGACACAGGAGGGCAGGGAUGUAAAUCCUUACACCCCUACACCCCCCUCCCAACCAGCCCUCUCAAUUUACCCCCUUGCCCCCUCACCCCCUAGCGCUCUCACUCCUCGUCUCUGCUAAAAUAACCCUGUGAGCUAAGCACCCAGAGCAUCCAGGGAUCACUGGUAUACAAACUGUUCCCUUGCAGAUGAGAAGCAUCAGAGUGGGAUAGGGUGGCAUCCCAGAUUCAGAGAGGAUAACUCACACAGCGAUAUACUCACCUCAUAUCCCCUCAUUUCACCUCACGUCACCUCUACUGCUGAACCUGUGAGAGGAGAGACAAGAGAGACAGGUAAGACUGAAUAACAGGCAGGAUCUGGGGGUUGAGCUAGGAAACCUACAAGAUCGUACUCUAACUUGGCUAUUGUCCAGCACAGUGCAGUGUGAAUAUGACAACAGAUGUGUGUGAAGAUGGAAUCUACAGGUCUUACUGGAGGAAACACAGAUCUAACUUUCUGUUUAUACAUGCUAUUGGUUAUCCAUCUGCCAGCCAUGCUGAUGGGGCUACAGCACAUGUCUGGAGGACUCAUCUUAUUGUAGUGUUCAGAGUUAAUGAUAGCAUACAGACAAAAGCUCAUCUCUAAGGGACUUUCUAAAUAAGAUCGAGAGAAUAUAUUACUCUCAAACAACACAUUCAUGAGUUAUAUUCAUGUUUACAUACACAACAGAUUAUUUGUGUAGAACUGUUAAAAUGAUACUAUGAUUAAUUCAUAUCUAUGUGCAUGUUUUUGGUGGGGUGCUGUUUAAGUGACACACUGUAGCCAACUACUGUAGCCAUCUUGUAAAAGAUCUGAAAGGUGUAUUUGAGCGUGUAUUUCCAAACCAGAGCCUAACGUGACCGCUCUUCAUCCAUUCACCUCAUCCGUCCCCCACCAGAGGAAGAUGAUGCAAUCAGUGUAUGAUAACCUGUCCAAGCAGAGGAUGCAGCAGGCCAAGGCUCUGUGUACAGAGGCCAGGGGAGGUAAGACCAUAGAGAUACAGUUGAAGUUGGAAGUUUACAUACACCUUAGCCAAAUACAUUUAAACUCAGUUUUUCACAAUUCCUGACAUUUAAUCCUAGUAACAAAUCCCUGUCUUAGGUCAGUUAGGAUCACCACUUUAUUUUAAGAAUGUGAAAUGUCAGAAUAAUAGUAGAGAGAAUGAUUUAUUUCAGCUUUUAUUUCUUUCAUCACAUUCCCAGUGGGUCAGAAGUUUACAUACACUCAAUUAGUAUUUGGUAGCAUUGCCUUUAAAUUGUUUAACUUGGGUCAAACGUUUCGGGUAGCCUUCCACAAGCUUCCCACAAUAAGUUGGGUGAAUUUUGGCCCAUUCCUCCUGACAGAGCUGGUGUAACUGAGUCAAGUUUGUAGGCCUCCUUGCUCGCACACGCUUUUUCAGUUCUGCCCACAAAUGUUCUAUAUGAUUGAGGUCAGGGCUUUGUGAUGGCCACUCAAAUACCUUGACUUUGUUGUCCUUAAGCCAUUUUGCCACAACUUUGGAAGUAUGCUUGGGGUCAUUGUCCAUUUGGAAGACCCAUUUGCGACCAAGCUUUAACUUCCUGACUGAUGUCUUGAGAUGUUGCUUCAAUAUAUACACAUAAUUUUCCUUCCUCAUGAUGCCAUCUAUUUUGUGAAGUGCACCAGUCCCUCCUGCAGCAAAGCACCCCCGCAGCAUGAAGCUGCCACCCACGUGCUUCACGGUUGGGAUGGUGUUCUUCGGCUUGCAAGCAACCCCCUUUUUCCUCCAAACAUAAUGAUUGUCAUUAUGGCCAAACAGUUCUAUUUUCGUUUCAUCAGACCAGAGGACAUUUCUCCAAAAUGUACGAUCUUUGUCCCCAUGUGCAGUUGCAAACUGUAGUCUGGCUUUUUUAUGGCGGUUUUGGAGCAGUGGCUUCUUCCUUGCUGAGCGGCCUUUCAGGUUAUGUCGAUAUAGGACUCGUUUUACUGUGAAUAUAGAUACUUUUGUACCUGUUUCCUCCAGCAUCUUCACAUGGUCCUUUGCUGUUGUUCUGGGAUUGAUUUGCACUUUUCGCACCAAAGUACGUUCAUCUCUAGGAGGCAGAACGCGUCUCCUUCCUGAGCGGUAUGACGACUGCGUGGUCCCAUGGUGUUUAUACUUGCGUACUAUUGUUUGUACAGAUUAACGUGGUACCUUCAGGCGUUUGGAAAUUGCUCCCAAGGAUGAACCAGACUUGGAGGUCUACAAUUAUUUUUCUGAGGUCUUGGCUGAUUUCUUUAGAUUUUCCCAUGAUGUCAAGCAAAGAGGCACUGAGUUUGUCCAACUGUCUGUAAACAAUUGUUGGAAAAAUUACUUGUGUCAUUCACAAACUAGAUGUCCUAACCGACUUGCCAAAACUAUAGUUUGUUAAAAAUAUAUUUUGUGGAGUGGUUGAAAAACGAGUUUUAAUGACUCCAACCUAAGUGUAUGUAAACUUCCGACUUCAACUGUAUAUUCAAUUACUAUUCCAUUUAAUUCUAUGGUUACAUUCAACUGAAUAUACUUUAUUGAUCUCCCGAGGGGGAAAUCAGCUCUGAGAACAGCAGAGUUCAAAUCUGUCAGCCUAGAGAUGGAAUUGAAUAAACUUGACUAAACUCCAGAGCGGGGACAUUAGGUUUGACUUAGACAGCAGUAGCAAACAGUUCAGACUCACAGGCAUAGGCUACAGAGUACAGUUAUUAAUCACACAUAGCAACACAUUAGUACUCACAAACGUAGAUAUAUGUUAAUGGAUUAAAGGUUAAAGGUAGUGCACAACAGAGGUAAUAGGGUGCUAUUAGGGACGCUUCAGCACAAAUCAGUAACUACAGACAAACAGUAUCAUAUGAUACAUACCUGUAUGAGAGCUCUCUUGAGUUCCUCUGACUGCUGGGUUCCUGCCAGUACCAGGUCUCUACUGGAGUCAUGCAUACUCAGGUCGUUGAUAUAGAGACCGGUUUUAAACAUGGCACUCAGACUCUCCAUCCUGUAGAAACACACACACACAAGCACACACAUAAUGCUAUUCAACCGAACAAUGAGUGUGUGCUUGCGUGUGCGUGUGCGUGUGCGUGCAAGUGUGUGUAUGUGUCUUACACAGGGGUGUUAGACACACACUUACAUAUGUUACUUACUUAUGUUAACAAGUUAAGAUGUUAUUACUCACUUACUCAUACCUAUAAGUAUAUGGAUAAUAUAGGCCAGAAACGGCUCUGUCAUCACAGCUCAGCUCUUCAUCAGUAAUACAGCCAAUCAUCAAAGCAUUCUCCUCAGCUAAGAGUGCGUGGGGGGGAAAGCCCUAAACCCAGGAGAGUUAGAAUUCUCAGCGGGCAGAACAAUACAGUACUCAGGAGGCAUUCCGUGUGGUUCUGUUUGUUUGUUUUCCGAUGGUCUCAGCCAGCAGCAGGUGCUGGCAUCAGGCCCAUCUGACUCAGCAUAAUGUGACCUCCCAGUUGGUGCGUUUUAAACAGGCACGUCAAAAGGCAAGUCCUGUCGACAAUGCAACUGGCAUAAGGCAGGAAUUCACAUAAACCAUUACUGAGAGAGAGAGAGAGCGAGAGAGAGAGAGAGAGAGAGAGAGAGAGAGAGAGAGAGUAAUGUUUACUGUUAAUAUUUAUUGUUUAUUUCACUUUUGUUUAUUAUCUACUUCACUUGCUUUGGCAAUGUUAACAUAUGUUUCCCAUGCCAAUAAAGCCCUUAAAUUGAAUUGAAUUGAAUUGAGAGGGAGUGAGCGAGCGAGAGAGAGAGAGACAGAGAGAGAGACAGAGAGAGAGAGACAGAGUUCCUAUAAGAGCUACUUCUUCCAAACAUCAUAUUUAUACACCCAGUUACCCAUGCAACACUGCACCUCAACAAACAUUACAAACCCUCAGCCUGCAUCUCUCAGGGCUAUUCCAAAAUUAUAGUGUAAUGCUACAAUCUGGUGGCAAUGCAUGGGGCCACAUAGUAAACUCAACACUAGGCUUUGUGGAUUACUGAUGAUAUGAUAGUUGAGUUUAUGGGUUAUGGGUCAGGUCAGUUGAUCCUCAGUAAAUAGUUGGGAGCUGAGAGGAGCCAGAGACCUUAAUCUCCUACAUACUGAAAAAGAACACUUCAGGGGGCAUGAGUCAUGAGGCAACCCCUGUUGCUGGGGGAACCCGGGUUCUCUCUUUGUGUUUCAUCAUUCACUGGGUUUCUCUGACUGACACAGGCCAGCAGAUAUAGAUGCUACUGUGCAAGUCAAAGACUUAGAUAUAGUAAUCAGAUUCUAUCCUCAGAUCUGAGUCCCUGUCACUGUCACUGUCUUGGUCUCUGUAAGUAUCUGUCUGUUUGUGUCUGCAGUUCAUGUCUUUCCCUGCUUACUUGUCUUAGUUUUUAAAAUUGUUUAAUUACAUUUACAUUUACAUUUUAGUCAUUUAGCAGACGCUCUUACCCAGAGCGACUUACAGUUAGUGAAUACAUAUUUGUUUUAUACUGGACCCCCGUGGAAUCGAACCACAACCCUGGCGUUGCAGCCAUGCUCUAUCAACUGAGGCUACAUCCCUGCCGGCCCUUCCUCCCCUACCCCUGGACGACGCUGGUCCCUGUGCGCCGCCCAAUGAUUCUUCUACUUUGACAAUGGAGUGACUUACCCCCAUAUAAUGGAAAGCACUUUGAGACCUAGUGAAAGACAAAUAUAAUACUUUCUAUUUAUUCUGUGCUUUUGUUUGUGUGUGCCAGGAGGUCUGAACUUGGGGAAGAAAAUCAGUGUUCCCAAGGAUGUGAUGAUGGAGGAAUUGAACCUUCCGUCAAACCGCGGCUCCCGCAUGUUCCAGGAGAGACUGAGACGGGUGGAGAGAUUCACACUGGAGAACCAAGUCAUGACCAUUACAGCAAUGUAAGAACACACACGCAUGUAUGCACGAACGCACGCACACCACACACACAGACAUUCUCACACACACACAUUUUCACAUUUCAAACACACACACCCCGGCUCUCUCCGCUACAGAUGCCAUGACAUUUCAAUGCAGAACAGAAUGCUCAAUUCAUGUUCAAAGACAUUCUAUUUCUAUGGAAACACAAUAAGGCAAUACUGUACGUAUACAGACAUAUCCACUGAGCUAUCCACACUGUUAGACCCACGGACUUGUCAUCCUGAUGUACAGUAUUGCGCAAGCAGCUUGUUAGCCUGUUGGAUUUAUGGCAGAGCUGUUUGAUGAGGCAAUGAAACCUUGGCCGUCCCCUCUCACUUUCUGCUUUGCUGUACUCUGUUCCACUGGAGCACGAGAACUUGGCCAAGGUUAUCGGUAGAAAUAAGAGGGCCACACUUUAGAAAAAAAGGUUCCAAAGGGGCUAUUCGGCUGUCCCAAUAAAAUAACAAUUUUUGGUUCCAGGUAGAACUCUUUUUGGUUCCAGGUAGAACUUUUUUGUGGAAGGGGUUCUACAUGGAACGCAAAAGGGUUCUACCUGGAACCCAAAAGGGUUCUUCAAAGGGUUAUCCUAUGGGGACAGCCGAAGAACCCUUUGAGGUUCUAGAUAGCAUCUGUCAGGUGGUAACAUGGAAAUUCUAGGCGAAAUCUACUGUAAUGAGUGGAUAUCAUUGGCAUGUAGGAUGGAGAGAUGGAGGCAGUGUAACUGUCCACAAAAUUGGUUGUUAUUCCAUGGUGGUUAUUUCCCCAUGAUAAUGCACACAACUGAGUUUGCAUGGAGCUAAUCCAGAAUGUUAUUGUGUCCCUGCCCAGGGCCUUCCAGAGCCCAUGCCCCCCCAGACUAUAGAGGAGCCCCAGGGGGGUAAAGAGAACCAGGCAUACCUGAUGCCUGGCAAACACAGCCUGAUCACCACCCUACAGAAGACUGUGGCCAAGAAGGGCAGCCCUAACGUCAUCGCCCCAGGUAGCUGGUAACACAGGAGGGAUUAGCACACAUGGUUUAAAGGGAUAGGUCACCCCUAAAUUCAGAGGUUGGAAUAUUGGCUCAGCUUUACUUCAGAUUACUUUUGAGCUAUGGAAAUGACAAACUUUGAUUUUGGGAUGAACUAUCCAUUUGAGUAUGCUGUUAUGACAAAGGGGGCUUUACCACCCAUUUUGGUAACGUUACAUUUUGGAAGGAUAAGGUGAAACAAAACACUACUGAAUGACAGUUUGUUUUUAAGGCUGUGCUUGAGAACAGCUGAUGACACACUGGAUGCUAGUGUGUUGAGUGUAUCAGUGUCCUGACCUGGCAGUAGGUUCGUUUUUGAGUCUGAGUGACAGCCAGCUAAGCCUUGUUUAUUGUGCUGGAUUCACACCAAGUUUAACACUUUCUAUUGUAGCCAGGACUGACAUCAGAUCAAACAAUCUGCUCUAAAUGUGUAAGCACUAAAAGCUUUCAGGGACUGUCUGAGUCUGGGACUUAACUGACCUUUGACCCCAGGCUACGGGGGACCCCUGAAGGAGAUCCCCUGUGAGAAGUUCAACCUGACAACCAGGUCCUACUGUUCCCCCUGGAGGGAAGCCCUGGGUGACAGUGACAACCUCCUGUCCUCCCUCAGCGCCCAGCUCCCCCAGCCCCCACAGAGGGCCACACUACUGCCUGCCAACUACAGGUGCUUCAACAGGUGAGGAACUGACAUCACAUUGAAUCCUGACAGGUGAAGCCAGGUAACAAACAAAGAGGCCCUCUAACUAGAAGACCUCUGAGGACUUCACAGUACAAAGGCAGGACCAUAUUAUGCAUGAUGUUUUGGAAAGACAACAAAUUUAAGACCCCACUCAUCAAAGUAAGCGAACACGGCUCAGGCUGAGGCUUAAAGCACAUUUAGCGAUCGCUCAUCUCACCCAUCAUCAAAUAGAGCCGCAGAUGACCGAAGCAUGCUAUCAAAUUAAGAUCACAAUAAUCUCUUAAAUUAGCUUCCCACGGCACCGUGCAUGUUUCCACUCCGUUUGAAAAGCAAUCCCACCUCUGGCUCACAUCUCCUUGGACUGUGGCCGUCAGGCGGGCGGCUAUUUUAACACAGGCUCUAGAAAAAUGAUCCUCCGGGGGGUUAUGCGUGCCUUUCAGCCCCUUAAAGACUGAUGGCGCACGAAGGGGCUCAUCUUAACCUGGCACACGCAACGUUGCGUCACACCGAUGAAGCAACUGCCAGAACAAAGGCUAAACUUGGUCUGAGCGACUCUCCUCUCCACACAACUUUAUUAGUCCACUGUCAGUCAUUUUGGUGCCAAUCAUUCAGUAACUGACGCACACAUGGAUGCAUUGGUUUACUACUUUAAUUAACAAGGUAUGUGGGGUUAAUUAAGUCUAAGUUUAAAGUGAGGCAAUCAAACUGUGGGGGGCAACUGGAAAGAAGCUCCAUCUGUAGUCGGAUGAUUCCUUAAGGUUUCUUCCUGAAUUCCCAACGGAUGUUGAUUAUUUCUGACCUAAAAGGUUGUUAAAACAGGCCAGGCAGGGUCAUUAGUGGAGAGCUCUGUGUGGAUGACUGGGUAUCACAUAACAUCUAAAAGCUUCUUCUUUCUACCCACCUGUUGAGUGAGAAAGAUUUGAUACCCAGAGAAUGUCUUUGGUGUUAUGUAAGGUUGAAUAUACUGAGUCAUUCUCUUCCUCAAAUACACACUUCUAACACAUGCAUCCCUCUCCCUCAGAGUGGCCAUGCCAUUCGGAGGCCCACAGCAGAAGAGCAAGAGGGUGAUCCCAGUGAUGGGGUUGGAGCUGUUGGACUCCCAGCGCCUCCCUGGUACGACCCUGGACCGCAUGUGUAAACGGCCCAACUUCAACAGAGCACCACGGGGAUGGGGUCACGACUACUCCCCUGAAUCCACCGACCUGUGAGAGGACCUCCACUCACCUAUGACCUUCAAACUUCCUGUGACCUUUGUGAAAUCACAGCCUGAAAGACUGAAGCAUUGAUUUGCUCUUAUUACCCUUCCUCGUCCCUCUCGAUUCAAAGAUGACCCCCUCUGGAGUAGGUAGAAGUUGCCCCAAACUAUUUUUACAUUAAGAUGCUUUAAUCUAUUUAAUGGUUAUAUUAGGAUAAGGGCAGAUCUGUGGUUAGGGGCGACUUCUACCUUGAUCCCUCUGUUAUUCAGUCAGUGCCAUAGGGAAAAGACUGAAUGAUAAGAUUGUUUCCUGAUGAGAGCUCUGUGGAUAGGCCUGUGUGGAGGCCAACUGAGGACUUCUGAAUCAAUCAACAGUUCAUUAUGAGAGCGGAGCCCAGGCCAACGAAGGCCAGUUGAGGGGAGAGGUGAUUUGUCACUCUUCUUUCCGCCUCUUUAACAAAACGCCCUCUUCCUUAACCCCCCCCCCCCCCCCCCCCAUUUCUCUCAUUUCUCCCAUCACUACAUGACCUUUCCUUUGGCUCCCUUCCCUCUCUCCUAACAUCACACUUCCCUCCCUCCGUCUGACUUCCCCUCUGUUCAUAAAGGAUUGAUAGUGAGAUAUUGAUUGCUUUAAAUGUAAAUGAGAGUACUUGUUUUAAUGGCAGAAGUGGACAAAACAUUACAAGAAUAAACCGAAUCAUUUUGUGGAAAAUGAACAUUGUAUCAAAAAACAAAUCCAUAAUAUGAAUGAAAAUCAACAGGUCUAAAAAUUGUCCUUUCAAGAAGCUGCUCUGCAGGAUGCUUUGUACAUUUAAACAAUUCCUCCAUUAUGACGUUGUAAAUCUCGAAUACACUGAUCCAUGACAGGUGCGUCUACAGAUUAUAUUAUGCACCACCAAACACAAAACACAGAAGCCCUUAAAACUCAUAAGAAUCCUCUUAUGAUACUAAAUUCCCAGAUUUCACAUCUUUAGUCAUUUACCGUUAACUCAGAUCCACUGCUGAGAGAUCCUUAAACUGAGAAAGAGGCAGCCAUUUUCUAACACCCUGGUGAAACUCAAAAAGUAAGAUGACGUUGCCCCUGAUGCAAGGUCAGUUUUGCAUUCCCCCCCUAAUUACUAUGGUGAGGAUUGUGGGAGGGUAAGCUGAUCCUAGACCUGUGCCUAAGGAAAACGUCUGCCCAGAGCAAUUCUCUCGACCACAGAUUUUUGGCAUAGCGAAGUAUCGCCAUGGCAACUAGUCGCCAUGACGGGCAGCGUGGGCACCCAUGCGCUGGGGGUCCUGGGACGGGUAGUGGAUGUGUCCUGGGGGUCUCAUGCCCAUGGGAGGAGGGGGACCCAUCGAACCCAUGUGGAACAUAGGAGCUCCAAAACCUGAAGGUAAGAAAAACACACAACAUAAAUGAAUGAGGCACACACGUGUGAGCGUUAGCUCAGCGACAUACUAUAAGUAUGGCCAGCAUUUUUCCAUGGGACAAAGGUAAGACUGGUACCUGGAGGUGGUGGGUUGAUGCCAGGCGGCGGGGGCAGGGAGAUGUUCAUGACAUUAGGAGAUGUACCAGGGUCCAGAUUGAAGUAGUUAAUAGGAGCGUCCUCUUCCAGAGCAGGGGGUGGGGGGAGAGCUGGUGGAGAAAGAAGACAGUCAGGCUCACAAACACAGUCUUUCAAAGCCUCCAUCAGACAGACUCACCUCCAGGCAGUCCUGGUACAGGGUCUAAUCUGGUUCCCAUCUCACUGACCCCAUCCUUGAUGGCCUCCUUCCCUCUGGCUGCCUGGGACCUGGACAGUCACAACACAUUAAGGUACACAGUGAAUAGGGUGCACUGUUACAUGGAGCCCAAAUAUAAAGUCUACCAAAUAUUUUUGCCCUGACAUUUCUACAAGGUUGUCACCAUCUGACUAGAAAGGAAGGACUUACAAUACAUUCUCCUCCUUUCCUCAUAACUGGUUAGCUUUGACCUCUUACCUGCCCCACUUGACGGUGAGCCUGCGUCCGUUGAUGAUGAGCUUGUUGAAGGACUUCUCUGCAGCAAGCUCAGCCGCCUGCCGUGUGGCAAACUGGAUGAAGGCACAC